GUCGCUUAGUGUUAGUGAAUAUGUUAAGUGACGAAGUGUUUUAUUACAGCGAUGCUAUUUUUCAGUUGGAAAUCAACCUCCAAAAUAAACACAGGGAGCUGAUAGCGAUGCUGGAUGCGAUCGAACAACGCGACUGUUUAGUCUGCUACCAACUCAAAUGUCGCUGUAAUAAAAUCGUGGAAAAUGGCAACACAGGCGGCACAGAUAAAAAAGGUGACGGGCCAGCGCCUCCGACAUCGGCAAAAGAAAACACGAACGGUGAAAUCGAAGCGUGGAUUAAAUCCAGCAAGAUCACCAGCGACACAAAAGAAAUGUCGGAAAACGAAAAGAAAGUGUUGCAGAUUAAACAGAGUCUUUUGAAGGACAGCGCUGCCGUGGAGGCGUUCUUCAGAUCGUUCAAGUUGCCGCCAAAAACUUCGGUGACGUUUAUGUCAAAUAAAUUGGCGGAGGCGUUUUUGCGCGCGAAACAAACAAAAGCAGAGUAUAGCUAUUUUUAAUUACGAUUCAACUGUUAUAUUCGUUAUCGUGGAUUAAUAAUAUAAAGUAGGAAGACUUUAGUUCUUGCCUCUAUUUGCUAUUUAAUUACCGCAUAAAUAAAUUUGUUAAUUAUUAAUCGUAAUUACCUAAAUGAU